AUGAAGCGUGCAAGAGAUGACGCGCUGCACGUCUACAGCGCAGUGUCUGGGGAAGAGUUGGCCGCGGUGAGUGUCGAGGAGUUUCCCACUGUGCGCAGCUUGAAGCAGCACUUGCAGGGCUGCUGCGGGGUGCCCAGAUUCCGACAGAGGCUGCUUGCCGACGACACGAACCUGCAGGAUGAUGCUAUGCUGGGCCAGCUAGGCUCCAGCAACCUUCGGCUUGUUCUUCUGCCUUUCGCGUCGGGGCAGCACGCGGGCAAGCUCACGGGCGCCGUAAACCGAGGCGCGGUACAACAGGUUGAAGCUCUGCUGCAGAGGCCACAGAAUCCUGACCUGAGAGACCGAUUUGGGCAGACUCCUCUUUAUGCUGCUGCCCUCAGAGGGCGCCGCGAGAUUGUAGAGCUGCUCUUAGAAGCCCGGGCCCGGGGCAGCACGCGGGCAAGCUCACGGACUCCUCUUUAUGCUGCUGCCCUCAGAGGGCGCCGCGAGAUUGUAGAGCUGCUCUUAGAAGCCCGGGCCAAUGUGGAAAAGAGGAAGAUGACGGACCGGCUCGUGCCAGAUCGCCUCUGGGCGCUGCUGCUGGAAGCCAAUGCAGACCCGAACAGAUUUGGUGGCAAUUAUUAUGGGAACGAGGGCAUGGAUGACUAUGUGAUGUCCGCCCUCAGAACGCCUCUGUGGCGGGCUACUUAUGAUGGCUACAGGAACAUCGUGCGCUUAUUGCUGCAAUUUUCCGCUGAUGCUUCCAAAGUGGCUACCGCAGCUUACAAUUUCAGUACACCUCUUGGCAUCGCUUGUUCAAUGCCAGGCCGCUUGGAGAUUGCCCGCAUGCUGCUGGAGGCCAGAGCAAACGCAGAUGAGAUUUGUGGUGAAAACGGCCUGACACCUGUCGAGGUGGCAGCUCGUAGCGGGAACGAUGAAAUUGUAAAGUUGGUCUCCAGGCUUGCUGUUGCGCCCGCGCGGAACUCGUGGAUGGUUCGGGAUGCUGCGCCGCCCGCUCUCGCUGCAGCUGCGCCCGCGCGGAGGACGUUCUCGCAGAGGCUUCGGGAAAUUCGGGAGGCCAAGUAG